GUUAUGGUUUUGCAUCUGGCACAUCUUUUCUUAGUACGGAUAAACCAGUCUCAAAAUCCAAUGGUAAAUCAAAAAAUGAUGCGGAUUCAGACAAAGUUUCACAAUCGCCACCAAAAUCGGCACCCAAUCCUUCAUCUGAAACUUUUGGGAUUUUCAGUACUAAGCCUCAAUCUUCAAAAGGCCCUAAACGAAGCUGGACUUUUCCUGUUAAUAACGAUAUAUGUCCGCGCUGUACAAAAGCUGUUUACGCGGCAGAAGCGGUUAUGGGGGCUGGAAUAAAAUAUCAUAAAUUGUGUUUACGUUGCGAAACUUGCAGUAAGCUUUUAAAUUCUACUAACAUGACAGAUCGUGAUGGUAAACUUUACUGCAGUUCUUGCUACUCCAGAGAAUUUGGACCAAAGGGUUAUGGAUAUGGUGGAG